AUGGUGACUCCGACUUGUUGUGCUCCCAGUGAAGCAGGAAGCAGACGAUAUAGCCGUCCUUGUCCGCCUUACUCGUUCACAUACUCUGACCGUCGCCACCACUUCUCCUCUCACGACAACCGCCCCGUGAUGAUGACUGAUCGAGAAGAGUCAGACCAGCCCCGGAAGCGGAUCGCUGUGGCGGUGUCCUCCACCGAAAGGCACUUGAAAGACAGUGAUUAUACCUACAAUCUCGAAGCAGCACGGUUAGCUCAUCACGGUGCUGGAGCGGUGUCGCCGCUAACAUCCUUACCGCAAUAUGCCCACGACGUAGCGGCAGGCGAUGGGUUGACUCCGUAUCGUCAGAGCCCAUACCCUUAUAGCGGUACUGGCAGCACUAGGAAUUAUUAUUCCACUUCGACCAUGCCUGGGUGGAGCAGCACCUAUGCCGACGACAGCACAGGCAAUGUGGAAUAUAGUUACUAUUCCUCCUAUCCGCUCAUGAGCCCAGAGCCAACCUCUGUUGUGCCAGGAUAUAGUCAGUACAGCGCUCGAAGACCGGUGUAUGCCGAUCCCGAGGCUGCACCCUAUCCAUAUGCCAACCUAGCCCAUCGCCCUACUGUCAGUAGCGACAGUCAGGGCUUCUCACUGUCGAGUAUAGCAGCAUCCCUGCCUAGUGCUUCCGACAGAAUCCAUUCCAACAUCAACAGGACGUUGACCAGCUCCUCGAGCUACCGAAGUGACAGCCUUCCAGCGCAGUACGCAAAUACCAAGACAUCAUCAGCCGCCCCUGAUAUAGCAUACAGCAACCUCCAGCCCGCAGCCUUCGAGUCCCCCUAUAAUCCCGCCAACGGCACACUAGCUUCGCCCAUCACUCAUCAUCGCCCUUCUAGCCAUGCCGAAGUCAACCCUUAUCCGUCUACAGCGGCGACAGCGGACCAAUUAUAUUCUGACCGAUCCGCCGAGGACACGGCUGGACUCGGGUACAUAUACGGCGACAGCAAUAAUAGUAAUAAGAUGAGCGGCAGCAGCAGCUCGCAGCGGGAUACCGGUACCUCUCACCACUCUAGCAGAGAUGUGAGUGUGAGUGGCGCUGGAUCUCUCCUGGCCAAUGGCCAUGUAUAUGUCCCCGAGUCACACUCUGCUCAUCCCACGCCGCACCCUUACAUCGUGCCGAGCACCACAAGCUCUAGAGCUACCGUUGACACUUCGCCGCCAAGUGUCCCGGCCUCAGGUGCUCGUGGCGGGAGUAGUGGAAAUAACGGAUCGCAUCGGUCGUCGGACAGUCAGCGACGGUCGGUGGGGACUCUUCGCGGGGGUUAA